AUUUCGUCCCUGUCAGCCUUCUCUCUCUGUCAUCAACAGGUAUUUUUUUGUUUAAUUAUUUUAAAAAUCCAAAGUGUUUGUUGAAGCAUCCAUUGUUGAAGACUCUCGAAGUGCUUGUACAGAAAUUGUUCGUAUAAUUAUAUUUUUUUUCUCAAUUGUGGGUGGAUAUUUGCUUGGAAAAUAAUAAUUGAAAUGAUAGCGGCAAGGCGACUUGAUAAGAUAUCACGGCUGAUGGGAAGCAGAGCCACCCCUUCUGCUUUUCUCAAAGCUUUUAAUAAGGAGUCAUUGCUUUGGACUGAAUCUUUGAACCCUAAAGUUAGGUUACUUGGUAACGACGAUGGUGAUGCUGUCCGUUUUUCAACAUAUCAUUACAGCUCCAACAGCAAUCAUAGUCCCACAAAUAAGGUCUUAAGAAACCUUCCAGCACAUGUGAAGAUAGUGGAGGUUGGGCCAAGGGAUGGAUUGCAAAAUGAAAAGGAAAUUGUACCUACCUCCACAAAGGUCCAGCUAAUAAAAAUGUUAGUUUCUUCAGGGUUGACUGUUGUCGAGGCCACAAGUUUUGUCUCACCAAAAUGGGUUCCACAGCUGGCAGAUGCAAAGGAUGUAAUGGAUGCAAUCCGGAAUAUUCAAGGAGCCCGAUUUCCAGUAUUAACUCCCAACCUUAAAGGUUUCGAAGCUGCUGUUUCAGCUGGAGCCAAUGAAGUGGCCAUCUUUGCCUCAGCUUCUGAGUCUUUUUCCAAGUCAAACAUAAAUUGCAGCAUCGAAGAUAGUCUUGCUCGUUUUAGAGAUGUUGUUUCUGCUGCUAGAGAGAUCUCACUUCCAGUUCGAGGAUAUGUAUCAUGUGUCGUUGGCUGCCCAGUGGAAGGAAUAGUGCCUCCAUCAAAAGUAGCAUAUGUGGCUAAACAGCUCUUUGAUAUGGGUUGCUCAGAAAUUUCCCUUGGUGAUACAAUUGGUGUUGGUACACCUGGUACUGUCAUUCCAAUGCUUGAAAAUGUUAUGAAUGUUGUCCCAAUCGAUAAUCUUGCUGUCCACUUUCAUGACACUUAUGGGCAAGCUCUGUCUAAUAUCUUAACAUCACUCCAAAUGGGGAUCAGGACCGUGGAUUCAUCAGUUUCCGGUCUCGGAGGUUGUCCAUAUGCUAAGGGUGCUUCAGGAAAUGUUGCCACCGAGGAUGUGGUUUACAUGCUCAAUGGGCUUGGGAUAGAGACAAAUGUCGAUCUCGAAAAACUCUUGUUGGCCGGAGAUUUUAUAUGCAAGCAUUUGAGGCGGCCACCUAGUUCGAAGACAGCAGUUGCGUUGAGCAGUAAGAAGGCUAACUCCAAGCUUUAAGGGAUUGAUGGCCAUAUAAAUGUAAUAGGCAAAAGAAUCUUGAGGAGACCUCUUUUUGUUUGUUUGUAGUUGUCAUGAAUAUUUAAUAUGAUAGAAAAAUAAGUUUUUUUUAAUAUUAAUUGAUUACUGAUAUUUUUACAAUUUAAAAAAGAAAAGAGGGUGAUAAAUAUGUAGAACAAAAAGUCAACACGUAGCUGUAGUAUUUUAUUUUUAGACUGUUUAAUUAAGAUAUAAAACGUUUUUCA